AUGGCCCGCCGCCUCAGCCACCAUGACUACACGGUCGGGUGGGUAUGCGCCUUGCCGGACGAGCUGACUGCCGCUCAGGAGAUGCUUGACGAAGAACAUCAGAAUCUUCCUUCGAACCACACCGAUUCAAAUAUAUACACCCUAGGGUCCAUAGGAGCCCAUAAUGUCGUCCUGGCGUGUCUGCCUGCAGGCCAGACCGGUACCAACUCUGCUGUGGCAGUGGCCAUGCAGAUGAAGACUACGUUUCCGGCCGUUCGAUUUGGGCUGAUGGUAGGAAUUGGGGGCGGCGUUCCAAGCAAAGAAGCAGAUAUUCGGCUUGGCGACGUUGUUGUCAGCCAGCCGGGCAACGGACAUGGCGGGGUAGUGCAAUACGACUUUGGAAAGUCAACGCCCAGCGGGUUCAAGCGGACGGGGUUCCUCAAUGCUCCGCCCACAAUCCUCCUCGCCGCCGUUACGAAGCUUCGAUCCAACCUCGACCGAGGGAAAAGUAGUCUGUCGCCACACCUCUCGAAGCUUGGCAACCUCCUCAAGUUCGGCCGUGAUCAAGCAGGAAGCGAUUUGCUGUUCGAAGCGGAGUACAACCAUAGUGGAGAGGAUAGCUGUCUAUCAUGUACGACCGCGAGGACGAUACAGAGGAACGAACGGGCGGACAAUAUACCUAUGAUUUACUACGGUGCAAUCGCGUCGGGGAACCAGGUGAUGAGGGACGGAGUCGAACGGGACAAGAUUAGCUCAGAAUUCGGAGGAGUUCUCUGCUUCGAGAUGGAGGCGGCCGGCCUGAUGAAUACUUUUCCAUGCCUGGUGAUCCGCGGAAUCUGCGACUACGCUGACUCCCACAAGAAUAAGAGAUGGCAGCCAUACGCGGCGGGAACAGCAGCGGCAUACGCGAAGGAGUUACUAGGCGUGAUACCGGUGGCGGAUGUGGUGAACACGCAAACGGUCGAUGAAGCACUACGAGGGGCGAAGCGUACCUUUUACCUCCCGUUCGAACGAAAUCACAAGUUUAUCGGUCGGAAUGCAGAGCUCGACACGCUGAAACAAAAGCUCCUAAUAAAUAAAGAUUGUCAGAGAGUAGCGCUCAGCGGUCUUGGUGGUAUCGUUAAGGAGGACUGUCCAGAAUACUCUAUCUUCUGGGUACAAGCGUUGAGUAUGGAGACGUUUGAGCUAAGCUGCAGGGAGAUAGCGGGUGCGUUAGGGAUACGCCAGGAGCAAGAGGGCGGCGAAGACCUGAAAAUCCUAGUGCGGCAACGGCUAAGUGCAAAGACCGCAGGAAAGUGGUUGCUAGUUAUCGACAACGCUGACGACCUUGACUUGCUUCGCGGGACCUAUCAAACAGAAGGGUUGCUGGCCUUUCUGCCAGAAAGCGAUGGUGGCCUGACUAUAUUUACGACGCGGCAUGGAGCUGUAGCGCAGUACUUGACGGGCGGCGAUGUGGUUGAGAUAGGAAAGAUGACGAGACAGGAGACGACGGACUUGUUAGAGAAGUCUUUGGUUCGAAAGAACCCUUCUGACAACUCCGAGACUGUGGUGAAUCUUCUGACGGAGCUGGAGUACCUCCCGUUGGCUAUCACCCAGGCAGCAGCAUAUAUAAACACUAAUAAAAGCUCCAUCUCCGAGUAUUUGCGCCUAUUGAAGAAGACAGAGCAGGAUGCUGUCGCACUCAUAAGCACGGAUUUCGGCGAUAAAACGCGAUAUCGGAACUCGAUGAAUGCGGUUGCGAAGACGUGGACGAUCACCUUUAACAAAAUUCUCGAAUGCGAUACCUUAGCCACAGAUCUCCUCGCAUUUAUAUCUUGCAUUGAGUGGAGAGCGAUCCCAUACUCUAUUUUACCAGCAGCGUAUCCUGAAGCACGGCUGGUAGGAGCGAUCGGUACACUCUGCUCCUACUCGUUCCUGGAGAGAAGAGAUGAUGGAACUAAGCUCGACAUGCAUAGGCUAGUCCACUUGGCGACGAGGAUGUGGGUAAAUCAGAAAGGUCGUAAAACAGAAACGACAAUAGCUGCAUUGAAUCACCUGGCGGAAGUCUUUCCAUCCGACGAUUACACUAAUCGGGAGAUGUGGCGGGAUUACCUACCGCAUGUGGCACGGAUAGAGAAGGACGAGCAAUGCCAAGGUACAGAAGAGAAGAGCAGGCUUUGUCUAAAGGUCGGACAGUGCUUACUCGUUGAUGGGCGGAUGAAAGAAGCUGUUCUUUGGCUACAGGAGUCUUGCGAAUGGAGGGAUAUAAAUCUUCCUCAAAGUAACAUUGAUCGACUGACAUCGCAGCACAUGCUCGCUAUAGCAUAUCAAGCAAAUGGACAGAUCAAGGAGGCAGUUAAACUGCUAGAGCAUGUUGUCGCCAUACGUACGGAAGUGCUUGCAGAAGAUCAUCCUGAUCGACUGGCGUCGCAGCACGCGCUCGCUAUGGCAUAUCGAGCAAAUGGACAGAUCAAGGAGGCGGUUAAACUGCUAGAACAUGUUGUCGCGAUAGAAUCGGAAGUGCUCGCAGAAGACCAUCCUGAUCGACUGGCGUCGCAGCACGAGCUCGCUAUAGCAUAUAAAGCGAAUGGACAGAUUAACGAGGCGGCGGUUAAACUGCUAGAACAUGUUGUCGCCAUACGUACGGAAGUGCUUGCAGAAGACCAUCCCUCACGACUGGCGUCGCAGCACACGCUCGCUAUAGCAUAUCAAGCCAAUGGACAGAUCAAGGAGGCGAGCACCCUUGCUGCUUUCUACAAGGAUUUGAUGAAGAGAUCCAGAACAAGACAGGCGUCUGCAACUCCGCAAGCAAUGUCCGAAAACAAUGUCACUUCCACUGCGCUGUCAGAUCAAUCACCAGCAGAACAGGAUCCGAAGCUAAGCUACAAGUCGAGAGGAAGACUUUUCGUGAGGCAACUAAAGGGCUUUUUAAAGAAGGUCAAUUAG